AUUCAUUCACUCACAUUCAUAACCAUUCUCUCUAUAGCAUUCAAAUCGAACUAUACUCACUUAUUAUCAAGAAACAUGGCGACUGAGAAAAGCAAGAUUCUUGUCAUCGGAGGAACCGGUUACAUCGGGAAGUUCAUCGUCACAGAAAGCGCUAAAUCUGGUCACCAAACAUUCGCUCUCGUUAGAGAAACCACUCUUUCGGACCCCGUCAAGAGCAAAACCGUACAGAACUUUAAAGAUCUCGGCGUGACAAUACUACAAGGAGAUGUGAACGAUCACGAGAGCCUAGUGAAGGCGAUAAAACAGGUCGAUGUGGUGAUAUCGAGUAUUGGAAGUAUGCAAAUCUUGGAUCAAACCAAGAUCAUUUCUGCUAUCAAAGAAGCUGGUAACGUCAAGAGAUUCUUGCCGUCUGAGUUUGGGACGGACGUGGACAGAACAAGUGCGGUUGAGCCGGCGAAAUCUGCUUUUGCGGUGAAGAUUCAGAUAAGGAGAGCCAUCGAAGCAGAAGGAAUACCAUACACUUACGUUGUUAACAAUUGCUUUGCUGGUUAUUACUUGCCUACGUUGGUUCAGUUCGAGCCUGGUCUCACUUCUCCUCCUAGAGACAAAGUCACCAUUUUGGGAGAUGGAAAUGCCAAAGCUGUGAUCAACAAGGAGGAAGAUAUAGCUGCUUACACAAUCAAGACGGUGGAUGAUCCAAGAACUCUUAACAAAAUCAUUUACAUUAAUCCUCCUAAGAACACUUUAUCGAUGAACGAAAUGGUCUCCUUGUGGGAGACCAAGAUCGGCAAGUCUCUUGAGAAGACUCACAUCCCAGAGGAGCAAGUCCUUAAACUCAUCCAAGAGUCUCCAGUUCCUAUCAAUGUUCUUCUCGCCAUAAACCACUCAGUUUUUGUGAAGGGAGAUCAGACCAAUUUCACUAUAGAGCCUUCGUUUGGUCUUGAAGCCUCUGAGCUUUACCCUGAUGUCAAGUAUACGAGCAUUGAGGAGUAUCUCAGUCACUUCGCUUGAAGAGAUUUCUUUUAAAAAAACACCUAAUGUACCACGUCCAAGAGGCGAGUUUCAUAUAUGUAAAAAAUAAAAGUUCAUUCUUGUGUAAUGGUGGAGUAAUGUGUGUUUAUGUUUGUAUCUUUGUAUGUGUGUGUCCAUGAUAUCCAAUUUUAUGGAGUUCCUGAGAUCAGAGAUGGCAUCCAUCUACGAUUAGAGUCCAUAAGCUUGUUGGAUCUAUUAGGAAAUGGUGUUGAGUCCUUUUGUAUUAAAUUGUGCUAUUGACAACAAAUUAAACUAAUGACGUCAUAUAAUUAAAAGUUUGUUAUAAAACAUA